CAGUAACUGAAUAAGAAGAAAUGGCAUCACUCCCAGACUGCAUUCUCAGGACAGCCUCGACGACCAUGCUGUCCAUCCCAGAGCUGAUCAGGAAGAAGCGAGACGGAGGAGAGCUGAGCGAUGACGAAAUCAAAACCUUCAUCAGAGCCAUUUCAGAUGGAAGCAUCCAAGACGCCCAGACAGGCGCCAUGCUAAUGGCUAUCUGGCAGAAGAACAUGGUCUCCAGGGAGAUCCAGACCCUCACCAGAGAGAUGAUGUCAUCAGGGGAAGUAAUGUCAUGGCCGCCAGAGUGGAAGGGGCUGGUGGUGGACAAACACUCGACGGGGGGAGUGGGCGAUAAAGUUAGCCUGGUGUUAGCACCGGCGCUAGCAGCCUGCGGCUGUAAGGUGCCCAUGAUCAGUGGGCGGGGCUUGGUUCAUACGGGAGGAACUCUGGACAAACUGGAAUCGAUUCCAGGAUUCAACAUUCACCAAUCAGCAGAGAAGAUUCGUGACAUCCUGGAAUCGGUCGGCUGCUGUAUCGUGGGUCAGACGGAGAUGUUGGUUCCGGCUGAUCGAGUUCUUUACGCUCUGAGAGACGCCACCAGCACCGUGGACAGUUUACCGCUCAUCGCUGGUUCUAUCAUCUCGAAGAAAGGAGCCGAGUCUCUCUGUGCUCUGGUUCUGGACGUGAAGUUUGGACGAGCUGCUCUGUACAAAGACCUAGAGGGCGCUAAAGAGCUAGCACAGCUGCUAGUGGAAACAGGAAACGGACUCGGGAUCCGAACCAGCGCCGUCCUCAGCAGGAUGGACGCUACGAUCGGAAGACUGGUCGGAAACAGUCUGGAGGUGAUCGAGUCUCUGGAGACGCUGAAGGGCAAAGGACCCGAAGACCUGAUGGAGCUGGUCAACACUCUUGGAGGCGUGUUGCUGCUCAUGGCUGGUUUGGCGUCAGACAUAACAGAGGGCAAAAAGCGUAUUUCCGAAGCUGUGAUUGGUGGAGCCGCUCUGUCCAAGUUCCAGGCCAUGAUGGAGGCUCAGGGAGUAGCCAAUGAGGCGGCCCGGUCGCUGUGCUCCGCCCACACCGACUACUUCAAGGUCCUGAGAAAAUCUGAGCAUCAGCUGGAACUGGAGACUCCUGCAGAAGGUUUCGUGGCGGACGUCGAUGGUUUGGUUUUAGCUCAGGUUCUUCAUAAGUUGGGGGCAGGACGAUCGAAGGCCGGGGAACCUGUCAAUCACAGCGUGGGGGCGGAGCUACUAGUGUCACUAGGUCAGAGGGUCAAGAAAGGCGCCCCCUGGCUGCGGCUCCAUUACGAGGACCCGGCUCCGACUCCAGACCAGAUAAAUCGACUGCAGAACGCUCUGACUGUGAAUGAUGGCACCCAAACGCACCACGAACACACGCUGGUGAAGGAGCUGCUGCUUCCUAAUUAACAGCUUAUUUAACGUCAGAUCAAACAUGGUGCUCCAAGAUCUAUGAAGGUUUUCACAAACUUUCUUCCUUUUAUGGCUUUUCAACACUGAAUCGUUGUCAAUGAGAAAAAACUAUCUCUAAGAAAAUAACGUCAAUUAAUUAGAAGCUUUUACCUCCUUCCAGCCAGUAUUUAGAAAUCAUGAUGUGAAGAAUCAUGAUGCUGCCACCACCGUGCUUCACAGUGGGGAUGAUGUUCAGUGUUUGGUGUCCAUCAAACAUAUCAUCUCCUCUGAUGGACAUAAAGCUCCAUCCUGGUCUCCUCAGACCAGAGAACCUUCUUCCAGGGGUCUUCAGAGUCUCCACACGUCUUCUGGUGAACUCUAGUCCAGAUUUAAUUGGAGCUUUUUUCUAACAGAGUCUUUUUCUUUCUCUCCAUGAAGCUUUGACUGGUGAAGAACACAGUUGUAGGACAGUACUGAAUCUUGGAUCUCCUUCAGAGGAGUCAUAGGUGUCUUGGUGGCCUCCCUCACUACUUCUCAGUUGUUGAGGACAUUCUGCUCCAAAUAAAAUGUAAAUUUUUGUCUACAAUGAGUUUCAUUGUUGAAAAGGCAUCAGAAGUCAGAACUUCCAGGAGGUAAAUCUUAUUUUUUAGUCUCUGCAGAUUUAAAGGCUACAUAGAAAAUAAAACUGUAACAUGACUGUUAAAGAGCUCAUGAAGGAAUCAUCUGUAAUCUGCUCUGAGCUGCUGCUUCAUUAACAAACAUGAAUCUCUGCUUCCUGCAGACACGAAUAUAAAAGACUUGAUUAAAAACUGA